AUAAUAUUAUUUUUUCCUUAUUUAGUUUUUAAUUAUGCCUCUCCGAGAUUAGUUUUUUUUUGGAUGCUUUCUAAAAUUAUGUGAUUUCUCAUUUGUGCCUCUCCUUCUUUACCAGCAUCAAAUUAGGGUUUUUUUUUGGCGAGUUUUAGGCGAGUGCCCUGAGAUUUAUUGAUUGAGUUCGGGUCUGAGAAGAGAUCGAAUUAGCUCGUAUCCUUCUCCGCCUACUCUUCAUCAUCCUCUGUUCUGCUUCUUUAUUCCACCAUGUUCUGGAAGUUGACUGCUCUCUCUGCUGCUUCACCGGUUGAAUCCAUAUUAGACAAGGAAGACUUCACUUUGGAAGAACUUCUGGAUGAGGAAGACAUAAUCCAAGAAUGCAGAGCUUUGAACAGCCGGCUCAUUAAUUUUUUGAGAGAAAGAGCCCAAGUGGAACAGUUGUUACGUUUUAUUGUUGAAGAAUCUCCGGAAGAUGCUGAUAGCAAGCGUGCUUUCAAGUUUCCUUUCAUCUCCUCUGAAGUCUUGACUUGUGAGAUUGAUGUUAUUCUUAAGACUUUAGUGGAGGAGGAGGAGCUAAUGAACCUACUUUUCUCCUUUUUGGAACCAAACCGUUCCCACAGCGUAAUGCUAGCUGGGUAUUUCAGCAAGGUUGUCAUAUGCCUCAUGUUGAGGAAGACGGUCCCGCUGAUGAACUAUGUAAAAGCCCAUCAGAAUGUUUUCCAGCAACUGGUUGAUUUGAUAGGGAUUACGUCUAUUAUGGAGGUACUAAUUCGGUUGGUUGGUGCGGAUGAUCAUGUGUAUCCCAACCACCUGGAUGUGAUGCAAUGGUUAGCUGAUAGCAAUCUGCUUGAAAUGAUCGUGGAUAAGCUUAGCCCAUCAAAUUCUCUGGAAGUUCAUGCAAACGCUGCUGAAACACUCUGCACUAUUGCUCAAAAUGCUCCAUCGCCUUUGGCUACGAAACUCUCUAGCUCAAGUUUUGUUGCAAGGAUAUUUGGUCAUGCUUUCGGAGAUUCCCAGUCCAAGUCUAGCCUUGUCCACACACUUUCGGUGUGCAUUUCGUUAUUAAGCCCAAGAAGAUCUCUAGUUUCUUCUCCCUUUAUGUAUUCAUUCAGGGGCCAACAAAUGUUUGAGUCUCCAAUUUCUGUGAAUCCGGAGACUAUUGCCACCAUGCUGCCUAGACUUGGUGACUUUGUUGCACUUUUGAACGUAACCUCUGAUGAAAAGAUUUUACCUACAACCUAUGGGCAACUGAGGCCUCCUCUUGGCAGUCAUCGUCUGAAGAUUGUGGAGUUCAUUGCUAUCUUGUUGAAAACGCGAAGUGAAGCUACAGGAAAAGAACUAGCCAGCUCAGGAGCUAUAAGAAGAGUCCUUGAUCUGUUCGUCGAGUACCCAUUUAAUAAUGCACUGCACCAUCAGGUAGAGAGUAUAAUAGUAUCGUGUUUGGAGAGCAAAAACGAGGAGAUUAUUGACCAUCUUCUCCGGGAGUGUGAUUUGAUUGGAAAAAUUCUUAAAACAGAGAAACAGCCAAUCCUUUCUGGUGAUAAUCAGCCAACAAUACCUGCUGUUGGAAAGCAAGCUCCACGGGUGGGAAAUAUUGGUCAUAUCUCAAGAAUCUCAAACAAGCUUGUUCAGCUGUCAAAUAACAGUAACGCGAUCAAGACUUUACUUGAGGAACAUAACGAAUGGAGCGAGUGGGAAGCUAAUGUGUUGCAUGAUCGGAACGCAGUUGAGAAUGUUUAUCGCUGGGUUUGCGGACGCCCAACUGCAUUACAUGAUAGGACUAGGGACAGUGAUGAUGAUGAAGUUCACGACAGGGACUAUGAUCUCGCUGGUUUAGCUAAUAACUUGAACCAGUUUAGAUACAACAACAUGCAAGAGAACAAUGGUGCUGGGGAGGAGCACGGUUCCAAUGACAGAGACGAAGAGGAUGUCUACUUUGAUGACGAAUCUGCUGAAGUUGUUAUAUCAUCUCUAAGGCUUGGUGAUGAACAAGCAAACAAUUUAUUCACAAACUCGAACUGGUUCACUUUCCAAGGAGAUGAACUGGGUGAAAACACAGGAACAGGAGCGAUUCCUACAGAGGAAGCAAUGGAAGAUGUAAGCUUGAAUGAAACUUCCGGUGAUGGAGAUGAAGAAGAAGAUGAGGACUGUUUGAUUACAGAAAGCAAGAACCCUUUCGUAGCCACCACAGCCUCAACCUCAGAAGCAGUCUCUGUAGACAACGUACCUAGAGAUAUCGAGAUUGAUGAAGAUGAGGAUGAAGUGUCGCCGGAAUGGGUCGAACGUGGAGAUUCUUCUUCAUCCGCUGCACAGGUCACAGAAGAUGACGUGAAGAUGUCUGAUGUGAGAAUCCCAAACGGUUCUUCAUCCUCAGAGGGCGAGAUUAGCCCGAGAUCACCUCCUGUGCCUUCGUUGUUUAGCAAAGACGUUGAGUUUGUCGGCGUUGAGCCAGAAGGAACCGAAAGAGCAAUGGAUCAAGCUCUCAAGGAAGGGAUAGUUGGAGAAGCAGGACCAAUGAAGAGGAACAACGCCGCCACAGCUUCACCGGGAAAAGAGAGCUCUGAUGAGAAUAUGCAGCAGGAGUACAACGAUACUAACUACUGGAAGAUCGAUCAAGAAGUGGCUGUUGUUGAAUGAUGUUGACGUGGCACAUGGUUUGUCUGAAAGCUGACGUGAAGUGGCACAUCGUUGUCUGAAUGAUUCUCGAGCAGAAAGGGAAGGUACGUCUGGAAUGUACAGUAAUACUAAGUCAUCUCUUUUUUCCUUUUUUGGAACAUUUUCACCACCAAGUGACUGAUUUGCUCGUUUAGGUUUUCCCUUACAAAUUUGGAUGCUUUUGCUAUAUGCCUGUUAAGGAUUUUAUUUUACUUACUUUGAUAUCACCUUUUUUUGUUAUUACGUUUGAAAGAUUUGAUUAAAAAUUGGGACUCUUUGUUGUAAAAGACUUUCGUGAAGAUUUGCACUUUCUUAGGGGUAAUAAAAACUGAAUUUUAAUGUCUCGGGAUAUGGUUUUGAACUCUCGUUAUUCGUAUAAAUGAUUUCUCCAUUAUUUCAUAUA